ACGCCUUGAGCUACCUGGUUUUCGGCUAGUUCAGUCACGGAAACCGGUUACACCCGACCGCCGACCAGCCGUUAGCUAGCGAUAGCCUAUAAGCUAAUAAGCUAUCCCCUUUCGCUAAUUAGCCACCGACAUUUUGGGUAGCGGACAAACGGAAAUGGGAAGCUUAGUGGGUUACCUCCGUUCCCAGUCGGACAAACUGGUGAGAAGUUUCCUAGAACUGAUAAUAGACUAACUAAUAAGAGGUUUGCGGGAGCUUAGUUAUUGGCUAGGCACUGGCGUUAGCGACCCGUUAGCUUAACAAGAUGGCGAUGGAUACCGUAAUAUUUGCGGUUUCCCGAGUGUGUUUGGGUGGGAUGUAGAAAGAGGGAGGGGGUGGAGGUGGUUACGCGGCCUCCUCGGUUCUGUUCGGCCUAACUAGGGCUUCGGCGGCCCGGUAAUAGUGGAUCUCCAAGUCCUGGCAGUAUUUUUGGCUGCCCGGCGGCCCGGGGAGAGAGACAGACAGAGGGCGCCGACCGGGCCGCGCAACGGGAACAAAAUGGCGAAGUCCUGGCAGGAGGUCCUCGGGCGACAGAUGCCCCCCUUAAGCGCUGUCCAGUUAAACCGACGGUGCUGCCACUAAACCGUUACUUAGUCGAUAAGUUUAGUAAGCCGAAUAAUUAAAUACACAAGUUGUUAUUCACUUCCCUCAGCCGGCGUUAAAGAAACGCCAGUCGCGUCUUCAGCUGUUUAGCUACGGGCGCCUGACAAAAUGGCGAAGGGAAUUCAUCGCGACGGAUACAUUAUGACACGAUACCGAGUGUGCCAACAGCAGGGCCUUUCACUCUGGGUACCAUUUCAGAAUGCUGCCACAGCUGUCACCAAUCUAUAUAAAGAAAGCGUGGAAGCGCAUCAGAGGAGUUACGACUUGGGAAUUCAGAUCGGUUACCAGCGCCGCAACAAGGACGUACUGGCCUGGGUGAAAAAGCGCAGGAGGACCAUUCGCAGGGAGGACUUGAUCAGUUUCCUGUGUGGGAAAGCCCCCCCACCAAGGACUUCCAGAGCCCCCCCGAAACUGACUGUCGUGCCUCCGAGCCGGGCCCCUUCCACGGAAACGAGCUCGUCCGUAGAGACUGAUUUACAGCCUUUUCGAGAAGCCAUAGCGUUGCAUGGUUUGAGCGGAGCAAUGGCGAGCAUAAGUGUGCGGUCCAGUACCCCGGGGUCUCCCACCCACGUGGGCAGUGGCUCCAACCCCAGCCGCAGGAGAAAUGGACUCCACGACGUGGACUUGAACACUUUCAUAUCAGAGGAGAUGGCACUCCACCUGGACAACGGUGGAACCAGGAAGCGGACCUCAGCCCAGUGUGGCGACGUCAUCACAGACUCCCCGACCCAUAAACGCAACCGAAUGAUCUGAGCGGAGUUUCUCAGUGAUGCACUGUGCUGCUUAAAAUAAAAGCCACUUAAUCCUCAGCACAUUUUUAUGCCCACCCCCACACCCCCCCCAUCCUUAAGGAAACAAGGGCCAUCAUUGAUGCCAUUUCCAAGAGUAGUGAGUUCAGUAACGAUUGGACCCAUGUCACUAAUGUCUCGGUCACUCGGAAUGUCUGUUAGUACUUAGCAAGUUCAUUAAAGGUGAACAUUUCCAGGUUUAAGGUUGAAUUACUUGUGUCCAGUCCACCCUCCCGGCUCCCUCCAUGGGUCAGAUGUUUGAAUGCGAUUACUCUGUUACUCCUGCUUUGUCGGGUCACCAAAACCCCCAUUCCCGCAGCUUUGCCACCUGCCAUAUUAAGUUAUAUUUGCAGCACGAGACUGACUCCCCAGGCCCCUGUGUAACACCACUUGUCAGAAUAUUGGACUUUGUGAGACUGGUCUCUCCCACAAAAUUCAUUGUCAUUUUUUAAGUUUUUAUUUCCAGCCCUUGCCCAUUCUUCUCUCGUGACAGUACGGGGCGCCGUAAUGGUCGUGCACUUAGUAUUCCAGUAUGGCCUCAUAUUCAUUUCACCAUCGACUUCCAAAAUAACAUUUUCCCAGAUGUGUCCCCUCAUGGAUAAUCCUAGACUUAAUUUUUUUUGUGAGUAAAUAAUGUAUAUACUUACCAUUUAGGUGCUGGUAUGAUAUAUGUGGUACAUCUUGUAAAAGAAACGGUGCAAAGCGUUGAAUAGGUAUUCAUGUAUAACGAUGAUUCUUGCAUUAAACCAAGCUUUUAACUUUG